AUGGCGCCCAAGGCCAAGGCGCACAGCGCGGCGCAGGCGGCCUCCAAGAAGAAGAGCAGCGCUGUGGAGAUAGCGCACCACCACGAGCAGCGCAUCCGUGACGCUCUCAAGGGCCUGGACCUUCCCUGGCAGGAUGUCGCCGCCCUGCCGGCCGCCGGCGCCGCAGCGGCGCCCUCGCCUGCAGCCGGCCUGGCAGGCGGCCAAGGGGCUGCGCCGCCGGGCGCCCUGCCCAGCGCCGAGCACCUGCUGGCGGUGUAUGCCUCCCUGCAGCAGCAGCACGGCUUCCAGGCACAGCAGGUGGAGGCUGCGCUGUCGGCGCUGCCGCUGGCGGCGGUCGGCGUGGAGGCAGCGCUCGACUGGCUGCUGCUGCACCUGGAAGCUGCACAGCUGCCCAGGCGGUACUCGUCCCAGGCCCGGACCGGCGGCGGCGGCAGCGUGGAUGUGAAGCACAAGGCGCGAGAUCCCACCCCAGCCGAGGCGCAGGCGCAGGCGCAGGCAGCAGCGCAGGCAGCUGCCGCGGCAGCGGCGGCGGCGCAGGCGGAGCUGGAGCUGCGGCGGCGGGAGGACGCGCAGAGGGCGGCGGAGCUGGAGCGUGCGGCGGCGGAGCAGCGUGCGGCUGAGGAGCAGCAGAGGCGGUCCUGGAUCAUGCAGUACAUGGAGGACGACAGCUGCUCCGAGGCGGGCAGCAGCGAGGUGGCGGCCGAGUCUGACGCCUCUUCAAUAGAAGACUGGGAGGUGUGGGGCGACCCUCGGGAGGUGGAGCGGCGCAGGGCGGAGCGGACACGGGAGCGGCUGCCUCGCCAGGAGCGCCUGGCGCUGAUCGCGGCCGAGAUGGCGCAGACCAAGUGCGAGGCGGCAGCGGCCAAGGCAGGCGGCAACAAGGACAAGCAGAAGGCGUGCGGGCAGCUCAUCGGGCAGCUGCGCCAGGAGAUGCAGAAGCUGGGCGUCAGCGACGCUGAGCUGGUGGCGGCCAUGCCGCCACAGCCGGCAGCGGGGCCGCCGCCCGCAGCGGAUGGCGGCGAUGGCGGCAGCCAGGAGCAGGCUGCAGAGGAGCUGGAGGCGGUUGAGGCAGAGGAGCGGCAGGCGGCUGCUGCGAGUGCCGAUGCUGAGCAACCCAGCGCUGGGGGUGCCGAUUCCGGCGGCGGCGACAGGGAAGGAGCGGCGGGAGGCGCCGCGGCGCCCGCAGCGGUGAGCGACCAGGAUGAUGAGGAUGAUGGGGCAGGGCUGGGCUUCGAUCUGUUUGGGGAUGGCUCCUCCCUGGAGGUGGCUGAGGUGGUCAAGGCCAAGAAGAGUCGUGCCGAGCUGGUAGCAGCGGCGACAGCGGCAGCGGCAGCGCAGGCACGGGGUGGCAAGAAGAAGGGCAAGGCCGGCAGCGGCAGGCCGGCUGCGCCGCAGCCGGAGCAGCAGCAGCCCAAGGCGCUGCUGCAGCAGCACUGCCAGCGGUGCGGCUGGGGCGCGCCACGCUUCGAGCGGCUGCAGCACGGGGGCAUGCGCCUGCCGGGCGGCGGCUACCGAUACUCAGUCAGCGUGGAUGCUGGCGGCAGCAAGGGCCCCAAGCGCCGCCAGCAGCAGCAGCAGCAGCAGCAGGGCCCCCGCACCUUCAGCCUGCGGGAGGCAGACGAUGGGUGGGAGAGGAUAGAGGACGCCCAGAACGCCGCCGCCACCCGUGCGCUGUUUGAGCUGACAGCCGCAGAGGAGCCGGCGCCCCCUGCUCCGCCGCUGUGGGCGCUGCUGCCGCCGGCGUUCCAGGAGCUGUGGCUGGCUUGGCAGGAGGAGGGGGAAGACAGCGAGGCGGCCGCGGCAGCGGCAGCGGAGACCGAGGAGGCGGCAGCGGCCAGGGAGGCCUUUGUGUGGCAGCUGCUGAGCCGGGGAGAGGCGCAGCAGGCCGCCGCGGCGGCUGCGCAGCAGCAGCAGCAGGAGGAAGGUGCCGAGAGCAGCGGGGGUUGGCGGGAGCAGCUGCUGAGGUCGAUCGCGGCCAAGGCCGGCAGCGAGGAGCAGCAGCGGCAGCAGUCGGCGGCGCAGCGCCGCGACAGCGAGCGGCUGCUGCAGGAGCAGCGGGCGUGGCGGGAGUCGGAGGAGGGGCGGCGCUGGCUGGCAGACAGGGCCAAGCUGCCUGUGACCGAGACCCGCGCGGCGCUGGUGGCGGCGCUGGCUGAGCACGACGUGGCGGUGGUCAGCGGCGAGACGGGCAGCGGCAAGACCACGCAGGCGCGGCGUCCUGUGGGAUACCACGUGCGCUUGGACUCUGCCGCCACUCGCGACACCCGCCUGCUGUUCUGCACCACCGGCAUCCUGCUGCGCCGCCUGGCGGGCGACCCCGCGCUGCUGGGGGUCAGCCACGUGCUGGUGGACGAGGUGCAUGAGCGCACGCUGCAGGGCGACUUCCUGAUGGCGCUGCUGCGGGACCUGGCGGCCGUGCGGCGCGCCGCGGGGCGCCACCUCAAGGUCGUCCUCAUGUCCGCCACCCUGGACAGCGCCCUGUUUGCCGACUACUUUGGGGCCUGCCCCGUGCUGCACGCGCAGGGCCGCACCUUCCCCGUCGAGCAGAAGUUCCUGGAGGAUUGUUACCAGGAGACGGGCUACGUGCUUGACGCCGACUCCCCGGCGGCGCUGCGCCCCCAGUACGACCGCCGCGCUCAGCGGCGGGUGGCCCAGACCGCGGGGUCCAAGAACCUGCGGGCGGUGCAGGCCGGGUGGGGCGACGCCCUGGCAGACGCCGGCCCCCUCAACCCCCACUUCAAGCGGGAGGAGCUGGCGGGAUACAGCCCCAGCGUGGUGCGCAACCUGUCUGUGCUGGAUGAGGACCGCCUGGACUUUGAGCUGCUGGAGCAGCUGGUGGCACACAUCGACGAGAGCCAGGCGGGGCGGGAGGGAGCCGUGCUGGUGUUCCUGCCGGGCAUGGGGGAGAUACAGGAGCUGCACAGCCGCCUGUGCGCCUCGCGCCGCUUUGCCGCCAGCAGCGCCUGGGUCAUCCCGCUGCACUCAACAGUCUCCCCCAGCGAGCAGCGGCAGGCGUUCCGCGUGCCACCGCCAGGCGUGCGCAAGGUGGUUCUGGCCACCAACAUCGCUGAGACGAGCCUGACUAUCGAAGAUGUGGUGUAUGUGGUGGACGCAGGCAAGCUCAAAGAGAGGCGGUACGAUGCGUCCCGCGGCAUGUCGCUGCUGGUGGAGGACUGGGUGUCUGCAGCGUCAGGCAAGGGAGGGGCCAAGCAGCGGCGGGGACGCGCAGGCCGCGUGCGCCCUGGCGUCUGCUACGGCCUCUACACCCGCAGCCGGUUCGAGCACCGCAUGCGGCGGUACCAGGCUCCCGAGAUGGUGCGGGUGCCCCUUGAGGAGCUGGUGCUGCAGAUCCACCUGCUGGCGCUGGGCAAGGCAGGCUCCUUCCUGGCCAGAGUGCUGCAGCCCCCGCCAGACAAGUCUGUGGCGGGCGCCAUCCGCACUCUGCAGGAGGUGGGGGCGCUGACUGCGGGGGAGGAGCUGACGCCGCUGGGCCACCACCUGGCGUCGCUGCCCGUGGACGCCCGCAUCGGCAAGCUGCUGCUGCUGAGCGCCUCGCUGGGCUGCCUGGCCCCCGCCCUCACCAUCGCAGCCUGCCUCUCCUACAAGUCCCCCUUCUCGGCAGGUGCCCAGCAGGACGCCGCCGACCGCGCCAGGGCCGCGCUGGCCGCCCCCACCAGCGGUACCAUCGCCGCCGGCCAGCAGAGCGACCAUCUUCUCAUGGUGGCGGCCAUGGAUGGCUGGCUGGCGGCACGGCGAGUGGGGGCCCACAAAGGCGCCCGCGACUACAGCCGCCGCCACUUCCUGUCCGAGCAGGCGCUUGACAUGCUGGCCGACAUGCGGUGGCAGUACGCCUGCAUGCUGGCAGACAUCGGAUUUGUGGCGGGGCCGGGGCGCGGCGGCGGGCGGGCCUGGAUGGACGAGCGCGGCGCGGCGUUCAACCGCUACGCCUCGCACCCAGGCGCGGGCUGGCCUGCCGGGCUGGCCUGCUGGGCCGCUGUGGUCAAGGCCGUGCUGCUGGCUGCGCUGUACCCCAACGUGGCGGUGAUGGAUGACGAGGCGGCGCCAGGCAAGCGGCCGGGGUGGCACGACGGGGCGGGCGAGGUGGCGGUACACCCGUCCAGCAUCUGCCACAUGGUGGAGGCGCAGCAGUACCAGCGCCCCUACCUGGUGUACUUGGAGAAGGUGCGCACCACCCGCACCUUCAUCCGCGACUGCACAGUGGCCAGCCCCGCCGCCAUCCUGCUGUUUGGCGGCGCGCUGGCGGUGGCCCACGACUCCAGCUAUGUGCAGGUGGACGGCUGGCUGCGCAUCAGGGCCCCCGCACAGACGGCGGUGCUGGUGAAGCGGCUGCGCCAGGCACUGGAUGCGCUGCUGGAGCGCAAGGUGCGCCAGCCUGGCGCGCGGCUGGAGGAGACGGGGGGCGCCGUCAUCCAGAGCAUCGUGGACCUGCUGAACCACGAGGAGGCGGCGCAGCGGUGGGACCGCUGA